GACAUGAGUUACAACAAUCUUAGUGAACCAUUUCCAAGACAAAUUUGGAACAUCACAACUCUCCGUAAACUACACCUUCGUGAUGCCUCUUUAAAUGGUAUAAUACCAUCCACCAUUGAGAAUCUAUCAAAUCUGCAGUGGCUAGAGCUCUCUUCCAACCAAUUAAAUGGUGAUUUGUUAAACAUUAUUUUCCCUUUUUUUCUUUCAAGUGCGAGUUCAGAUAAUAGACAAAUUUUGCUAUUUCCUUCGUCAUUGCAUGAACUGUAUGAAAUAGAACAUGAUUGAUAUAAACUUUUAGAAACUAUCAUAUGUUUCUAAUUUAGUUUUUUUUAGCUUGCUGGCUUCUUCUCAUAUAAUUAAUUUGUGCUUAAUUAUUUAAAUACUCUAAACAAUUGUUGAAUUUUCUGUUUCCGGCCAUACUGGAUCUUCUAUUUUCUCAAUGUUACCAAAUGAUUUAUUAAAUUAUGAUGUUGUGGAGUAUACGUGGUGUGUAUAGGUGCUAUAGGAAUAGAAGAUGUAAUAAGAUUUGUAACAAAAGAUCCUCUAAUAAUACUUCACUGUAUGUUUUCAAGUAAUUGCUCUUAAAUUUAUUAUGCUCUAUCUUUAAAUUGAUUUGUGUGAAGGGUUCUCCAAUUUUCAGGUCCAAUACCAUCUACCAUUGGAAAUCUAUCAAAUUUGAUUAUUUUAUCGCUCUCUUCCAACAAAUUAAACGGUCCAAUACCAUCCACCAUUGGCAAUCUAACAAAUAUGAUUACUUUAUCGCUCUCUUCCAACAAAUUAAAUGGUGAGCUUCCAUCCUCCAUCUGCAACUUGACAUCCCUUGAUGUUCUUCUUCUCUCAAAUAACAGUUUGAAAGGGACAAUUCCACAGUGCUUUCAAAACUUCCAAUCUUUGCUCAUCUUUCAUUUAAAUGCAAAUCACUUUAGUGGCCUCAUUCCAUCAAUAUUCAUAAAAGGGUGUAGUCUUAUCUCCAUCAGUUUGAGUGGUAAUAAAUUGCAAGGAAGACUACCUAAAUCCUUAAUCAAUUGCAAAAGUCUUAAGAGCCUCGAUGUCGGAAAUAAUAGAAUACUAGACAAAUUUCCAUUUUGGAUGGAAGCUUCCUCAGCUUCGAGUGCUAGUUUUGAAGUCUAACAAAUUUGAUGGCAACAUGUCGUUGCCUUCACAAAGCUACCUUUCGUUUCCCAAGUUGCAAGUUUUAGAUAUAUCGAGGAAUGCAUUUGGGGGAUCUCUACCUCAAAGAUAUUUCAAGAAUUUUAAAGCAAUGAUGGGUGUGAAGGAAAAUCAAACUGAAACAGACAAUUAUGAGGAUUUGAACUUUGUAGCUUACAUGGAGAUGACCAUCACCUUGAAAGGUAAUCUUACAAUCAUUGAUUUAUCCUCCAACAAUUUCUUUGGGACUAUUCCAGAUUCCAUAGGUAAUCUUAAUUCUCUGAGAUACUUGAAUUUGUCCCACAAUAAUCUCAUGGGACACAUACCUGCAUCUCUUGGAAAUAUAAAUGUGCUUGAAUCAUUGGACUUGUCAUCGAACAAAUUGAAUGGAGGAAUUCCAAGUGAAUUGACAAUGUUGACAUUUCUUGUGAAAUUAAACCUUUCAAUGAAUGAUCUCGUGGGGCUAAUACCCCAAUCUAACCAGUUCUCCACCUUUGAUAAUGAUUCAUACAUGGGAAACUUGAGAUUGUGUGGAGUUCCAUUGACUAGAAAAUGCAAUGAGGAGAAGGGCCACUGGAUGCAGCCAGAAGAAGACGACGAUGACUAUGGAUUUGGUUGGAGAAGUGUGGUGAUGGGAUAUGGAAGUGGAUUCAUGGCUGGGAUUGGAAUUGGUUACAUUAUUAUUAGAAAUGGCAGGCCAAGAUGGUUAGUGAAAUUCUUUUUUGGCGUUGGAUAUAAUAAGAAGAAAAAGAGACUCAAUAGAGUAACACCAACAGAGAGGAGGAGUUGAUACUUUGUUUUGAAGAUGGUUAUUUUAAUCUUUGUGUCUUACUUUUUCUUUCUUUCUUGUUUCUCUUCAUUUUAAUUGUUUCUCUCUUUCUCUUUUAUCUUUUUGAAUUAGGUCGACUUACAUGCUACCACUUUCUGAAACAAAUUAAGUUGUUAA